AUGUCGGCCUCUUACCUCUUCUUGGACUGUUUGGUCAUUAAAGCUAUGUGGCAGAAUAUUGGGCUUAUCAACUUCUUCUCCAAUCAUGAUAUUUGGCCAGACAUAUUAUCUGCAGCAUCUAUCUCCAACACUCAAGGCAGAGAUGAAAACCUGAAGGCUUCUCUGUUUUGCAGCCUCGUAUGGUUCAUUUGGAACGCAUAUUGGGAUCUCACAUUUCGGCAAAUGCCUUUCAACCCAAGAGCUAUUAUUCUCAGAGCUAUCGCUCACUCAAGGGAACAAAUGCAGUUGUUCAAUCCUCAAUUUCGCAGGGACACGCGGCUCAUCCGUUGGAUACCGCCUUCAUUUCCAACUAUUAAAUUUAAUGUAGAUGGUGCUAGCAGGGGUAAUCCUGGUGCAUCGGGCAUAGGGGGUGUUUGCAGGUUGCACUCUGCUUCCUUCAUUUAUGCUUUUUCGCAAGGAAUAGGGUGGAACUAUGCACUGGUGGCAGAGGCAUUGGCAGUUCGCACAGCCAUGACAAUUGCUAUACGCAGGGGUUUCACUAACCUAACCAUUGAAAGUGAUAACUAG